AACCUUAGUUUGGUGGUUCACCCAGACCUCCCGAUCCGACCGAGAAGUUUGAAAGUCGAAACGGAUUGUGCUGCAUGUUUUUGAUCCAAAUCUAAAACCCCCAGCCCAGGGAGGCCGAGAUCAAAUCAGCUAUUUUUUAAACCCUAAACCUUGGAGGGAGUCUGCAACACAUAGAAUUGCAAAGUUCAUUUCAGUGAUCGUUUUCUUUUUUUCUCUUUUGUUUUUGUUCUUUGGGUUCCAGGGGUUCUCUCUCUCUCUCUCUCUCUCUCUCUCUCUCUCUCUCUCUCUCUCUCUCUGCAGUUGGUUUGAACUUUCUCUGUUAAUUGAUGGAUUGAGCAGGGGUUUUCGUCUGCAAGACUCCGCGUGAUGCAGGUCGCAAGAAGAUCAACUUUAGCCGGCAGAAACCCUAUUGUUCGAUUUACAGAUUCGAAAAGGGAUUUGAUUUUUAAUUUGUAUAGACAGCUAGAUAUGUAAUGUUGUCUGAACUUGGUAAAUGGCAGUUCUCACCAAGAUAUAUGAUUCUGUACAUGGGGCAAAUAUUUGGUGUCAUGUAAGGAAUUUUGCUGCCUCUGUUCCUUCUGAAGCAUCUGAACCCGUGAGGCGCCAGAGGAGACUGUCAAAAGAUGAACGGCAUGCAAUGGUGAUAUCCUUUAUUGACAAGUACAGGGCUGAGAAUUUAGGAAAGUUCCCUACCCCUUCGAUUGCUAGAAAAAACCUGGGUGGUUCUUACUAUGUUAUAAGGCAGAUUAUUCAGGAACUAGAAUACAAAUCCAAGGUAUCCGCUACUAACAAGAUGAAAGAAAAUAUACAGAAAAAAGAAGUGGAAGCUGCUGGCCUGGAAUCUUUGACCAAAGUUGAAGAGAUUUCUGAAAGUACGAUGGGUUUUACUCCUUGUGAACAUAAGUUGGGAAUACAUGAAGACACCCAAACCAUGAUUAAAACCAUGAAUGAUGGGGUCAUUAGUAAACAUUUUGAUGCAAAAGAAGGGCCUCAAGCUUCCACCAGGGUUGAGGAGGUUUUGUCCAUAGAAAAUAUGAAACUGGAAUGCAAGGAAGUAAUUCAUACACAUCCUGAGAAACAUGAGGACAGUGAAAAAGAAAGAAUUGCCACUAAAGGCUUGCAAGACUCAAAGGGUCCAAGGGGAGAAGUUGUGCAAGAGAACACUCAUGCCCUUGAUUCAGAUAAAUUUAAAAGGGUCAUCGUUAGAAAAGAGAAUGAAGAAGACGAGUUGCAAAAUAGACCAACCAUUUGGAGAAAUCUAAAAUCUAUCGCAGAUGGUUUCAUGAACUUUUGGAGAAAAAAGUAAAGUUCUACUGAGGUAGGCUUGAAUCUUGGAAAUUUUGAAAGUCAUCAUGUUUUUAUUAUGUUAUUUUCAUUAUGACACUAUACCAUGUGAUCUGUAGCUCAGCCGACCUAGGUCUACAAAUCUAUUCCUACUAUCAAUGAAUUCCAAGGAUUUUUGGUGGAAUGGGGGUUGUAAUUCUUUGUACUUCUUGAGGUAUAAUGAAAGAUCGAGAGGCUUUUGAUUA